GCGUAAGCGCGCCAGUCUGCAACUCGCCACGGCGGCAGUCGUCUACGUUCCUAUUUGCGAGUCGAGAUCCAAACCGCUUUUUCUCAUUUCUUUCACGGUUCUUUAUAAUUUGCCCGCCCUCUCAUCCGACAUCGCGUUACAAACACUUCGACGAUCCCUCUGUGAGCCGCUGUUCGUGUUUUGAUUCCGCGAUUGAAAACCACCAGUGGCACGAGGAGUGUAUGUUUGCCCAGGAGAGACUAUUACGUGAGAUAUCCUGUCGUCGCUCGAUCGUCCGGAACCUGCUCGUGGAAACCUACAGUCUUGAAUCUUGACGUCAAGAGCAACAAGCCAAAAAAAUGUCGAUUGUAAUGCAGUACGUGGACCGGCUCCACGAAAUACUUGACAAACAUGCAGAUCAGAGAACAACAAACUGGUUUAUGAUGAGUUCGCCGUUUCCCACCCUAUUCAUCUGCCUGAGCUACGUGUAUGUGGUUAAAGUCUUAGGCCCGAAGUGGAUGGAGAACAGGAAGCCGUUCCAACUGCAGAACGCCCUAAUAAUGUACAAUCUAUUCCAAAUCAUAUUCUCCGCGUGGCUCUUCUACGAGAGUCUGAUGGGUGGAUGGUGGGGCCAUUAUAGCUUCCGUUGCCAGCCCGUGGAUUAUAGCAACAAUCCGACCGCGAUUAGGAUAGGAAUGUCCGGAUGGCUGACUGGCGACUAUUCUCUAAGGUGCCAACCCGUAGACUACAGCGAUCGACCCCAAGUACUAAGGAUGGUGCACGCUUGUUGGUGGUACUACUUCUCGAAAUUUACGGAGUUCAUGGACACGAUCUUCUUCAUAUUGAGGAAGAAGAAUAAUCACGUGUCGACGUUGCACGUUAUUCAUCACGGUUGCAUGCCAAUGUCAGUGUGGUUCGGCGUUAAAUUCACACCCGGCGGGCACUCGACGUUCUUCGGGCUCCUGAACACGUUCGUUCACAUCGUGAUGUACACGUACUACAUGCUGGCAGCGAUGGGCCCGAAGCUACACCCGUACCUCUGGUGGAAGAAAUACCUUACCGUCUUCCAAAUGAUCCAGUUCAUCGCGGUGAUGAUCCACGCGUUCCAACUUCUGUUCAUCAACUGCAACUACCCGAAGGCGUUCGUCUGGUGGAUCGGCCUGCACGCGACCAUGUUCUUCUUCCUGUUCAACGAGUUCUACCAGCAGAGCUACCAGCAGCAGAAGAAGAGGAGACUGAUCACGAACGGCGUGAAGAAAGACCACGAGCAGAGGAACAGCGAUCACGCAUUGACGAACGGCGUUACGAACGGCGGCGCCGCGGUUACCACCAGCAACUCGGGUAGAAGGGACGCGGCUGAUUAUUACGUGAAAGGCGACAGUCUGGCCGCGUCGGAGUUGAAUCUACGAAAAUCAUAUACAACGGCCGAGUGACCCGACCGUGCCACGUCGUAGUCAUUCAUCAAAUUCAUCUCGUCUUUCACCAUCGAUCCUACGAGUUGCAUCCGGGCUUCGUUUCCUCUUCGCUCUCCCGGUCCUUCGUGACACGGCGGAGGGAACAUUGAGUACAAAAUUACCUCGUGCCGCGUAGACCACGCGCGUAUUCAUAGAAGUGGAGUAGAAAGAGAGUGAGAGAGUGAAAGAGAGAGACAGAGAGCGAUGGAACGUACGAAAGUACACCCGGAUAUAUCGCGACUCAAUGUCACGGAUCCUGACAUCGCGGUUUAGGUAUUCAUCAUACACUCUGGCUCGCUGUACGUACACCUGCCAGACGAGCUGGGCUCCUGCUAAUUUCGAAGGAGUCGAGCUUUUCAUUUGAACAACGAAGACUAGAUAUUCGGCAACUGCCUCAGAGUGCGCGGGCUAUGGUAGGCGAGAAAGCGAGAGAAACAAAGUUUAGCCGCGCCGCGCCGUUGGUCUAAAUUGUAUUCCACACGAACACCAGACCGAUUGCAUCGAUAACGAUCACGGUACGAGUAGGUACAGGUGGAAUUACGUAAAAACUUGAACGUACGGUUCGCAUCGUCGUCGUUACGUUACGCGUUCACGGUGCGACUCGUAGACGUAUUACGAUACUCGCCGGUAAUCGAGGAAUAAUCGUUUUUUAUCGACCAUGGUGAAAUUUGCGGAGUUUCCGCAAACCGCGGAUAAAAAGGACUCUCACCUCUGUGAAA